AUAAAACAGUGGGAAAGCAAGAAAACACAGCUGAACAAAUUAUUAGUUUUCAAUCUUCCCAUUGUUUGCAGUACUAAAUCCCGAAGAAGGAUUGGUUUGCCAUACAUUUUUUAAAAUAAGAUAGAUUGAGGUAAAUACAUGCUACUUUAUCUCGUUACCUGGAUUCUAAGGAACAACGAACGCUUUAAAUUUGACGAGGCUUUAUACAAAAUGAAUCUUCACGAAAAAGAUAUCCAAUCGAAAUCAUGGGCAAACAUCCUUAAAGACAUCGAGGUGAUAGAAGUUUUAAACACCCGAGUUGUUACGGAAAAAGAGGAAAGUUCACGUUGUUAUUUAAUUUCCUUUACAAGCUGGGUUGACGAAGUUGAUCUUUUUUUUCAAAAAAAUCUUAUAGAAGAAUAUUGGAAACGAAAGGAUUUAAUUGAUGGUAAGAUCGAUUCCACUAUUAAAAAAGGAGUUGAGGAUAGAACAGACAACUUAAUUAAAAACGAAAGUGAUGAUUUUUCACAAAAUGAAGAAAGUAGUUUUGAAUGUGAAUAUAAAAAAAGUUUUGAAAGUAUAUCAAUUGAAGAAAGUACAUCAAUAGAGGUAUCAAGUACAGCGUCUUCUUCUGUUGAAGAACUAAGCGCGGAAAAAAUUUCGUGCGAUGAACCGCGUGACCAAGUACGAUCGUGUAAAAGACGCAAAAAUAAAACUCUUGAUGAUAUUGUUCGACAAAUUUCCGCACUAAGUGAUCAACCAUCUGAAAAACGACAUCCAAGUUUGCUCAAUGAGCGAUUGCAAACCCUUGAUAAAACCUUAUCUCCAGAAACUUUAAAAGAUCUUGAAAGUGAAUCUCCGCGCGCUACAAGCGAAGCUGUUAGAGAAAGUUAUGGUGAACAUCAGGUAGUGAACACUUACUGGUCGGCUGGAAAAGCAUUUCAAAAGCAUCGUUUUCAAUGUCAACAUUGCGAUAUGUUUUUUGAGAAUGAAGAGUAUCUUACAGAACAUAAUUUAACACAUGAGAGUUCCAAAAACUCUACACAUCAUUGUCACAUUUGUAAAAAUUCUUUCAGAAACGAAAAUAGCCUAGAAGAGCACAUGGCGACAAAUCAUAUUUACCAACAAAAUGCUCUUAAAUGUCGUUAUUGCUCACGAUUAUAUACUCAUUCAGAAAAGUUAGAGCUGCACGAGAGGCAACAUUUUUCUAGUGAUGUUUCUACUGUACCGCCUCCGUUGAUGCCGCUUGAUGACGAUUCAGUUGAAUACACAAAGUCCUUUAGAAAGUAUAUAAAUGAAUCUACUGAUUUGGGGUUUACACCGGCGAGUAUAGGUACUACUUCAACAAACCUUGAAUCAGUUUCCUCAACAAUAACAACUACUGCAUUAAGUACUGCAUGUACUUUAUUAAACAUGUCAUCAAAUACAUCAUCAGCUCUAUUGAAUGUAUCAUCAACAUCAAAUGCAGCAUCUAGUUUAACAAAUAGAGUGUCUUUAGGUAAGCUGGGGGAAAUAGAGAAAUAUUCUCAGUGUUUUUCAAAUCAACUUGCACAUAACAGUGAAGAUGUAAUUAAUUUAAGGUUUGAUAAAACAAGCUCUAUGCAUGGAAAAAAAGACAACGAAACAAUAAAAUUGGAAGAACCUAUGGAGGAAGAUCGAUCAUCACCAGUAUAUAUGAAACAAGAAAGAUCAGAAAUUAAAAAAAUUAACAAACCUCUUAAUUCGCACGAGGUCCACAACUGUCCAGUUUGUAGAAAAUCUUUUUCACUCAAAGAAAACAUGGAGUAUCACUGGCAAGAAGAACAUGGUCAUAAGUAUCAUUUUACUUGUGAGGUAUGUGAGAAAACAUUUAUGAACGAACUCGAAUUUGAUUCUCACAUUUCAACUCAUGGCAAAAAUGAAUUCUUUUGCGGUAUUUGUAACAAAAACUUUGAUCGUCGAUCAACUUAUGAAACUCACCAAAGAACACACACAGUGGAAAGACCUUUUCAGUGCAACGUUUGUUUCCGCGCUUUUUCAUUAAGAACAAACUUAAGGCGUCAUAUGCUCACACAUACAGAAGUACAGCUUUCACAGUAUAACUGUCACCUUUGUUUAAAGUUGUUCAAACAUCCAGAAAAUCUUGCAUAUCAUAUGCUUGAGCAACAUCGUUUAAGUCCCAAUGAAGACGCAAAUUUUAUCAGAGAAGCCACUAGAUAUGCUAGUUUCAGAGAUAGAAAUUUUUUUGAUCGUUUUAAUGAAAAGCGUAAACUAGAUGAAGAUGUUAGUGUAAACAAAGAAAAACAUCAUCCGCGAAACUUCAUUGAAAAUCAAAGUGGAUAUCUUACCGAACAAAAAGAACCCCAACUCUCACCAGAUAGUUUUAAUCGUCGAUUAAUCCAAAACAUGAAAGUAAGUCCGCAUCCAUUAUACAUUAAUAAAACGAACAUAUACUCUGAUGAAUCAUCAAAACGUUUAGAGAAGUUUAGAAGAUCUCCGUUAGAAUUUCAUGAUACAAUGCAAUAUUCUAACAAAUAUCCUUCUAGCAGUUCAACUGAAUCGUCUCGUAAUCUUACAAGACCACAUUCUCCAAUGAAUAAUUCUCCGACACACGCAGUACAUCAUCAUGCAUUAGCUAACAAAGUUACCACAAGUUCUGUUUUGUAUCACAAUGGAAAUAUUGUCAGUGCCGAUAAAAUGGUCGGAGUAGGAGUUUCAGUUCGCGCUGGAACCGAGUGUAACGAAUGCGGCGAGAAAUUUACCUCUGCUUCCCUAUACGAUAUUCACAUGCAGUCUCACAAAAAACAAGCUUAUACUUGUGAAAAAUGCCCAAAGACAUUUACACGUAGAAAUCAUUAUGAAGCCCAUAUGGAAGGUCACGAGAGCGGAAAAUCUAAAUCACAUAGUUGUCCAUAUUGUCAUCGACUAUUUUCUAUGAAAGGUAAUCUCAGACGUCAUAUCCGAAUUCAUACAAAUGAAGCGCCAUACGAAUGUCCAAUAUGUUUUCAACGCUUCCGACGGUCUGAUGGCUUAAAAGGUCAUAUUAAAAGACAUGAAACAUUAGGAGAAAGUUGUCCUGUUGAUAUGGUUCCUACUCAAGCACCCGCAUCAGGGUAAAAUUUUUAUUAAGGAAUUUAUAUAACUUUUAUAAAAAUGUAGAUAGGCAUUAUGUUAAA